UAUUUUUUAAUUAUGUCGCGCGGGAAUAAUUAAUUUAAAUUUUGAUAUUCUUUACUCAUAAACUUUUCAAAAAGCAUUUGCCAUUUUUUGCUCCUAUCAGUAGUUUUUGAAAUAUAAAUGAAAGAUUUAAAAGUAGCCAGUACAGAUUACGAUUAAAUGAUCGCGCGUUAACUAACAUUAUAAUAACAACAUAAAAUUUCGAUAAAUUAUAAUCUUAUCUUAUUCGUUAUAUAUGUUUAUUAAAUAGUAGCAUAUAAAUUUUUUUACACGCACAUUAUACGCACUUUUGUCUAAUCAUUAGACUAUUCUAAUCUACUCAGACAGCACAAAAUCAGGACAUAAGGCUUAUAUUACAUUUGUCCAUUUUUUAUGUUUUUCGCAAAUAUAUCUUUAAGAUAUUUUUAAAAUAUCUUAUGUUCCGAUUUUGGACUUUGUGUUGUUUGUGCAGAGCAUUCUAUGAAUAUCCGAACGCAACCUUCAUUUGUGAGAUACAAAGAUAACUGUCCAAUUACAGAGUAAAACACAGUUACAUGCUCGCCUGUCCAUGAGUCGUGCAUCGAUAGUGUUUGUUAAUGGUCGCGCACUUCACGUAUUCAUAGACAUUAGGUAAACUGGCAGUAAAUAUCGAAACGCAGUCUUAGGAUAGUCAACGUUUAAAAACUACAGGAAACAGUUACUUUCAUUCUAAUGCAUUUUUUUGUUAUACAAUAUUAUAUUGUUAAACAAUAUAAUUAUCACCGAAUAUUUUCGUUCAUUAUUGACCUGAAUGCAAAGUAGAACACUGAGCGUAACUAUAAAGUGUAUGAAGAACUUUCUAGAGAGAAACUGUACCGUAGAGAUUGUCUUUCUAAACAGAAUUCACUUGACUUUUGACAAGAAUAGACUUCUUAUACGCACAGUCACUUGCAAUCUGUUAUCGUUGAAGUUAUAUACCAAUUAGAAAUGGAUACAAAUAUUAUGCGCAAUCUUUUCAUCUUAAACUCAGCGGGUAUCAUAUUAAUUGGAUUAUCGAUCAAUUUCCUGGAACCUUAUUUACCUGCAUUGAUAAAACGCGGUAUACUCUACGGCAAAUUUAGUAUAAAGGCUCCUCACGCAAUAGCAUCAAAACUCGAAGUGCCCAAAAGAUGGUUUAGACAUUUUUAUAUUUUGUGUGCACCACUGAUGACUAUUACUCUUUGCUUAGUUUUGUAUAAAAAUCUCUAUAAUGGGAGUAUACCUGAAAUUGUGUUUACAUUGUUGGACGCAUUAUUAGGAACAUCAAGAAAACCAUUAAUAUCAGCAGAAGAUGCAAUUCUGGCUAUUGUCAUAUAUAAUAUACAUUGUUGGAAAAGAUUCUAUGAAACAUGUUAUAUUAACGUAUUUAGUAAUCAGAAAAUACAUAUAUUUGUUUAUUUAGUCGGACAUAUACAUUACAUGGGAUUAAUUUUAUGUAUACUAGGCGAAUCCGCAGGAUUUGUUAAAGGCUCGCAUGCGAAUGUGUCCCUGCACAAAAUCACAACUGUAAAACUAGUUUGUGCAUUUAUAUGUUUAUGGUCGUCAUACAUGCAAUUAAAAACUAAUUUUAUUCUUGCAAAACUACGUAAAAAUACGCAUGGUGACGUUGUAUCCCUUGAAUAUAAAAUACCAUCUGGUGGACUAUUUAAGUAUAUAGCAGGUCCAUUGCAAUUAUGCGAGAUACUCAUAUAUUUAAUGCUGUCUAUGAUUCUUUGGCAAGCUUCUACAUAUCAUUUUGUUACUCUUUGGGUUAUAUCGAAUCAAGUGGAAUGUGCAGUUUUGUGUCAUCGGUGGUAUCGUAAAACAUUCAAAAAUUAUCCAAAAGAGAGAAAGAUUUUAAUUCCUUAUAUAUGGUAAAACUCAUUUUUAAAGAAAUUUAUAUAUUAAUUAUUGAAAACAGUAUUAUUCAAUAAUUGAGGGACUUACAUUAGUCCGCUGCAACAGUGAACUAAAUCACAUUUUGUAAAAAACGGAGUAAAUAAACUCUAAAAUUAAAAUAUU